CCUGGUGAGGGUUUGGGCUAUAAAAAAGAAAGAAAUUGAAAGGAGAGGUAAAUGGCUUGGAUCGGCACCAGGAAUAUGAGGCCCAGAUCUUGACAGACGGUUGGGAGAUCAAUGGAGUCACCGAACUACUUGUUAAUGGAAAUUAAAGAUAUUUUGGCUGAGAAGAAAACAGAUCAUUUCUUAAUUGUGGAAAGUUAAUUGUGUUUAUGUGAUGGGGUUAUAACUGUUUGAACAGAUUUGAGACUUUGGUUGUCUGUUCUAUGACAAAUAUAGAUUCCCUGGAGGAGUUUUGUAAUACAUAGUGAUUGCCAUUUUGGAUUACUGUUAUCACAUGUGUUUGAAAUUGAUGAUUAUUUCAAAUUCGGAAAAUAAUUGCAUGAUUUAGAUAGCUUUCAUAUUUGAGGAUAGUUAUAAUUAAAUAUAAAUAAAGAGGAGAAAAGAAAUAAAACUAUACCUUACCUGCGAAAUGGAGAAAAAACAACAACAGUGACAUAUAUAAUUUGCUUUUAAUUAUAAAUUGAGGGAGGCUGUAAUAUAUGAUUACAACAGAACAGAGCAUUUAUUUACCCAUAUGUGGCCAAAUAUCCAUGGCCAAAUAUCCUACGUAUAUUUGUACAGAAAAGUACAGGAAAGUAUAUUUAAACAUUUCUGAAACAGAAACUCUUGUUUAAGUGGACUUGUAUUAAGCUCUUUAGACUUGGACAACACGGCUCCUUGAUGACUUGUGAAAGUGCUUAAACAAAAAACAACUUGUUCACUCCAGUAAUGAAGAGUGGUUUAAUAUUAUACGAUUUAAACAAUUCUGGCGGCAUUCAGCUAUGUUUGUGGUUUGGGAUUAAGUGAUAGACAGUGAAAUUGUUUACUGUUUGAACAAUUAUGAUCGGAUGCGCCAGGAUGAGAACAUACCAAAGCUCAAAGGUGGCUUUUCUUCUAUUCAUACUGUUGUUCAGUGUGUGAAUUAGUAAUUAAUGCAUUCUCAUGGACUGGGUUAGUGGCAUGUUGGGUUAAUAUAUAGACACAUGUAGCUUUCAUUUUUACAGUGUGAGCUUAUCGGAUUGAAAAAUUUGCGAACAUUUAAAUUGCUUCCCUGAUUCGUCAUCAAGUGCUGAAUUUACAUGAAUUAAGUUUUUAUUAACAUUAAACUGAUUGUGAAAAUUCUAAUGGAAUAGUGUGAAAAGUUCACAAGAACUAAAAUAAUGCACUUUUUGGGGCAAAACAGGUGUUAUUCUAUAUUUAAUGCAAAAAUAUAAUCAAAUUGUUUCAAAGUAAGCUGCAGAAACUGAAGUUGUUUUUUCUACAUAAGAUGCUGCUAAUGUCAGAAGAUGAAAUAAACUUAACAUGCUUCUGCUCAAAGAAGCUAAGAUUAUCUCUGUAACAAACUGAUCAGGAGAUCAAAGGCUUGAAUAGGUAGAACAAUAACUUAAUUGUUUGAAGAAAAAAGGCAGACUCAUAGUGAAAAUGUUAUAGAGAGGGAUAUUACAUCAAAACUUGUAAGAAUCACAUCAGUGUUAAUUUCAAGUUAAAGACAGUAUGAGUUACAAAUGAUUGGUUUACGUUUCACCUGUGCAUGUUGACAUAACUGUCCGUUCUGUCAAAUCAAAUCGGGGCACCUGGCGUAAUUGACAGGAACAAAAAUUCGCUUGAACAGAAGCUGUGACACGCGAUACGGCAUCCUAUCACUUCUCCACCUUAAACGUGUAACUCUAUAUUUCUUAUAACUUAAUAACUUGUUUGAUGAAACUUCACAUUUGCCAGGUUGGAGUUUAAACUCUUUUUUUUUGCUGUUGAAUUCAUCAAUAGUUUUAAAUGUUCGAAAGUUGGGAGUUUCUUGUCUAAUUGGAUACAGUCUACACUUUCCAGUGUUUUAAUUGAAAGUGGAAAUGUUUUAGUUGCCAAAACAAAGCUUAGAGGAUAAAAGAAUGUUUGUCUGUAAUGUUUAAAGUGAAUUGAAGAUGUUUUAAAACUUAGUUUACAAACAGUUUUCCAUAAUAAAAUUUCUAGCGUGCAUGAAUGGAGUUUAAAAUCAAUGCAUUCAUGGAUGAUUGUUAUACGCAAGUGGUUAACGUGUUAUGAAAUAAUGUGGUAUGAAUAUAAUUAAAAUAAUAAUUAAAAGUUUAAAUCGAACAUGUUAAAGUUCCGAAGAACUAGUGGUACAAAGACGGAAAAUAUUGUUGUGAAUGGUGACAGUGGCGGUAAGCAAGAUGUUGUUAACAACAACAACAACAGCAGCAGCAAAAUCAGCAACAUUGAUAAUGUUAAACAUGGCAAGGAGGAAAAUAAUGCCAACAACAGUCUUAAACGAACUCCGAAUGGUAGUAGCAGCAAGGUUGCUCCAGUUGACAACACCAGCAGAUUUGGUAUGGUGAACAGCACCACCCAUAGCAACAACAGCAACAAUGUUUACCCUAACAGCAGAUCAAGCCCCAGGGGUCAGGGGCAGCUGGAUAACAGACAAAUGGGUGUGGGGGAAGAUGGCAGGGGUAGCGGCGGAAAAUUUGGAUAUAAUACCACUAAUAAUAAGCAACCAGCAUCGGAUUUAAACUCUUCACUGAAGAUUUACACUGACUGGGCAAACCAUUACUUGGAAAAGGCGGGCCGGACGCGACGCUUCAUCUCAGACCUUCAACAGGACGUCACAGACGGCGUUCUUCUGGCCGAUGUCAUAGAGGCUGUCACAAAUGAAAAGCUCCAGGAUAUAAAGACAAAGCCAAAGAACAACACACAAAUGAUUGAGAACAUCAACACUUGCUUGACGUUCCUUGUCAAUCUGGGAGUCAACAUCGAGGGAAUCACCGCCAAGGAUAUCCGAGACGGCAACCUGAAGGCAAUUUUAGGCCUAUUCUUCAGUCUUUCCCGACACAAACAACAGCAAAAGUCCCAGCAACAACAGCAGAAGACUCAACAACAGCAGCAGCGCCAUCUUGCAGGGGAGACAACUGAGAACCACACUGGCAAGGGAGGCACUUCAGCAGAGGACAACCAAUCUAGGCUUCCCUCGUACAAUAGUAGACCACAAGGUUCUAAAUGCCCGACCAUCUCCCACCCGGCCUCCAAGGACACCGGUCAAGGACGUAGUAAAGGUCAAGGUCAGGGAACAAAGAUCAAGCAGCCCUCACAGCUUCCAAAUGGUCAACCAGCACAAUCAGGAGUCGAUGUAAAUAGUAUAUCAGACCCUGGAUCCUCUGCUCAACGAGCCACCUCACCACCGAGCACAGGAAUACCAAUCCCUGGUGGAAGGGGCCUACCUGCUCGAAGCCAAUCUGCAACUCCCGAUAAGGCCCAGAAUAGAAACGCUCAGUGCUCAACCCCUACCCCAAACUCUCAACAGAAGUCGGGAAUCCCUGGGAGUAAACAGAAUUCAUCUAUGUUAGAAAAGUUCAAGUUAUUUAACACAAAAGAGAAACCAAAGGCAAAAAGUGCUGGAAAAAGUAGUUCCAAAGGUGGAAGCACAGGGACAAGCAGUGCAAGUACAAGUACACUAAGUACUAGCUCACGUAGUGAUACAUCCUCAUCGAUAAGUGCUCGUAGUUCCAGUUCAGCUGACGCAGGUCCCAGCAGCAGUGCCACAAGUACAAAUGAUCCUGACAGUCCCAAGUUUUCCAAAGCCCGCCCCGUAGUGGGUGGGACAAGUUCUUCCAAGCGUGAGAACCCUGGCAGUCUAACCAUAGGUCAACAACAGUCCCGGCAGGCUUCCCCCUCCCACUACAGUAGCUCCCUCCCGGCUACUCCUGUAUCCUCUCUCCCUGUGUCAGCACAUGGGAAAAAAUUGAGCGGGAAGUCUCAGCGAUCUGCCGAUGGCCAACACCACCGUUUCCAACAAGGGUCACAGACUCUCGGAAAACCAUCAAAGGGAGGAAGCCUGAUUCCAAAGUCGGGAAAAUCUCAAAAAUCUUCAUCCACACUAUCUCUCACGAGUUCUUCAUCCGGAUCACAAAUCCCAUCUUACUCCGGUGCUACCCUCCCUGCUGGAAGCUCCAUUCCAACCCCUGGUAGUGCCAUACCCACUUCCAACAACUCCAUUCCAAAAUCUUCUCAGUCUUCUAGCAAGCUAUCCAAGGGAGGGAGAGAGGAGAAAAUGAGGGGAACAGGAUCUUCCAAAGACAGCCAACCCAGUCAAACCCCUACUCAGACUGGUAUACCUCAGGCUAAUGGACAGACACAGGGGAUGACCAGUCUGCCAAGAAAGUCUAAAUCAUCACAUGCUUCUUCUUCCCAGCAACAACAGAUAAUGCAGCAACAACAACAGAUAUUGCAACAGCAGCAACUACAACAGCAGCUUCAGCUGCAUCAACAACAGCAGCAGCAACAGCAGCAGCAACAGCAAAAAUCUACUUCCAAUCCGCCAACAACUUCAGCACCACCUGUGCCACCCCAUCGUAAUGGCAGCCAAAUCUCCACUAAUAGCCUCACUAGACAGCAAGCUAAACACACACCAUCUUCAUCACAGUCUCAAGGGCCUAAAUCACCACAGGACAAUUCUACCUCUACCUCUUCCAAGCCCAGGUAUACGGAGAUUGAGUAUACAGACGGAAAAGUUGAAUGUGUCGGAGAAGGACAUUUUGUAAAACCAAACAACCAAGCUCAAACUGCAAUAAGCAACCAAUCAGGAAAUGUUAGUCAUUCUUAUCUCAUUUCAUCUCAGUCGGUGAAUGUUGUGAAGCCCACUUGUAGCUCGCCGAGUGUGUCGAGGUCAGACCAGGCUGUUCAGCCGAAUGUUCCCAUAAUGCACAACAGGUCUGCACAGCCACCUCCUCUUCCCAAGACUGAGCCCCCACCAUCUACCAGAACCACAGUCAACAAUCAGCAAAAUAUUGCACAGUCUACUAAUGCAAUGAAGGCAACCAAUCAGGUUGCAGCAAACAACCAGCAACCGACCAAUCAGUUGCCAUCUUCACCAAAUCUGCUGACACCAAAGUCACAAGCACAGGAAUCACCAGACAAUACACACAGUACAAGUAGUUCUUCCAACGACAGUGUCAUAAUCAACACAAGUGCAACAAAUUCCCCGAGACUCGGAAUCAAACUCGGCUCUCAGACAAACCAGCGUGCAAACAAUGUGGCCAUUGUUCAACCUCACCAUGGCGAAAAGAAAGAAACAACCUUUGACAAAGAUGUACGCACUGAUGUUAUUAAUAAGGACAAUAAAGAUAAUGAUCUUAAAGAUAUAAAUAAAGAUACUGAUAAAAAGACUACAUUUAUUGCAGAUUCAGGUGAAACGUUAGACAUUAAACCCAUGGAACCAAUCAACAGGUCAAUGCACUAUGCCCAAGGAUAUAUGCGGAGUCCAUAUGCAUCUCCAGGCAAGCCCAUACCGAUCGCAAUGGCCCAGAAUCAAUGUUACGCAAUGACCGGAAUCACGCCAAAUAGAAUGGGUGUAAACCGGUCUCUAAUGGAGGCAAAUAAGUUCUACUCUGGUUCAAUAAAGCGUACCAUUUCAAGUGGUUCAGGAAAUGUAUCGUAUGAUGAAUACAGUUCAGACUAUGACACCUAUGACUAUAUAUCCGGAUACAUGUCCGACGGGGAUAUUCUAAAAGGUAACCGCGGUGAUGACAUGUCGUCUGGUUACAUGUCAGAAGGUGGGGCUUCAUUGUACGCUCGUCGUCUGCAGCAGAGGUUCAGAGAAGGCAUGCAGGCGGUCAAGGAGUGUAUGCAGAAAAACAACAACUUAGGCGAUGAGGACAGUUUUGAUGACAGCAGUUCCAUCAGCAGCGGCGACAUCAGCGACACCAUCAACGAGAUUAGCACCGACGAGGGCAAUCUCCAAACAGGCUCAAACCAGGACCAAAACCCAUAUGCUGCCGGCAAGCGGGCCGGGCCCAAAGAUCUCUUCCGUAAUCUCACGAACGCUAACCUUCAUGCUACUCCAGGAAAACGGGUACCAAAUCUGGGAACCAGCGCGUUUCUUGGUACAGACUAUAUGAGUGAUGUGCCGAAGCCCAGUGACCAUCCUCAGCAAGUUGGGUUUAGAAAGUUUUCUCUUCAGAAUAAUCGUUUGUUAAGCAGUGAUCCUGCUGAUUAUGCUUACCUUUAUAAUGGAUACGAUCAGUGGCGCAGUGGGCAAAUGCCUAAUGCCCAUCCGGGACCUUUUAAUCAAGAAGCUAAUGUAGGUCAUUUGCGGAAAUUAUCACAGCCAGAUAUUCAAUUCAGAUCUCAGAGUUCCACUGGAGAUUAUGCCUCCAGUGAUAAGACCUAUCCAAACACAAAAUGUGACUCAGAAACAAACACGGACCAAUCUCAUGUGUAUGAAUCUAAUGUUCGAAAAAUGCAAAAUAUGCGUGGAUUACAGCCAGGAGGAGUGGGGUAUGGUUUUAAUCGAAGACCACUUAGUAACACAAGCACUGGAUCUGUGGGAAGUACCAAGAGUGCCCCUGGUGGGCACAUGGGCUCACCAGUAGGAAGCCCAGCUAAGGGCAAUUCUAACACAGUGGGCUCCAGACUGGCUAAGCAUGGGCUCGACCAAAUAGCCCAGCAGUACCAUGCAGCUACCUCAAGACAACGCCAAGAACAAAGCAUUGCUGCACAGCACCAAAAAACUGGCCAACAACAGGAUGGCGGCAAACAUGUUCCUGAGUUUAGCAGUGCUUCAUUGGAAAGGAGAACAAAAUCAAGCAGUGCUGCUCAAACUGAAAUGGAAAUAUUCAAGUCUAACUCUCUUGGUAGAAGGAAAGGUGGUAUAGGUUCUCAGAUGGCACAGAAUGUAGACAAUGGUUCUAUGGCCAGCACUAUAAUCUCAAACCCUCAUGCCACCUACAGCAGGCCAGAUGGUAGCAGACACAACAGUCCCUACAGUUCUGUGCACAUCCCCGGCCCAGCGUUUACAGUGGGAGGAAACUAUGUGCCCUUGGAGUUUGCUAUGGGAAGUCCACGGAACUCUGCCGCCACUGGAGGCUGGAUUCGAACCAACUCUGGGGCCGUUACAGCUGAUGGCCGAAAUAUCUACCACCAUGUGUCAGACAGUGAAAGCAUGGAUGCUUUGUCUUCAGCGUCCAGUAUCAAUGCUAGAAUACAACAGGCAAGGGCCCUGAGUAGUGCUAAUGCCCGAAUUCUUGCCCAGUCAUCCACUUACGGCCUACAGAGGUCAAACAGUAUGAAAUCCACUCGUUCAGAUUCUGCUUACGCCAGUGCCCAGCAACUACAGCAAGGCAUGCCUCAUCAGCACUCUGAGGGGGAGCUGCCCAGUCCCCCACCCCCAACCUCCCCCACCCCCAGCAACAGUUCUCAUGCAUCGUCACGCUUCACGUUUCCGAUGUCAUCCUACGCAGCCAGCCAUGCACACGGUCAAGGUCAGCCAAUGGUGCGCUCCAACACGAGCAGUAGUCUACCGUAUGGUACACCACUCGCAAUGACAAAAGCAAAUAGAGGAGAAGACGAUCAGGACAGUUUGCAUGGCUCCUCCCUGUCUCUGGUUUCCAGCUCUUCCUCCGUCUACUCCACGGCUGAAGAAAAACAGCAAGCUGAGAUACGAAAACUACGACGAGAGUUAGAGGUUGCCUAUGACAAAGUGACAACUCUGUCAACACAGCUCAAUACAAAUCACCCCUAUGCAAAUGUGUCUUUUGGAGGAGGGAAAUACCAGAAGAAAUCACAAAUACCAGCACAUGUGGUGGCAGCGUUUGAGCAGAGUCUCUCCAACAUGACACAUCGGCUACAGCACCUGACCAGCACGUCCGAACAGAAGGAUUCAGAGUUAAACGAGCUGCGUGCCACAAUAGAAGCCCUGAAACGUCAAAGCGGACUGAGUAUACAAGAACCAUUGAACAAUGUCAGCGCGGGGGGCGGGACCCAAGGACGUCGACACACGACCCAGGGCAUGCUGGGUCGUGACGUAGGAUCACAUCACCCAUCUCACGGAGGUAGAGCGUUUCACACACUGCCUAUGCCCGCUGACUCAGGCACUAGAAUCCAGCGUCAGAUAUCGUCUGAUUCUAUGUCAAGCAUCAACAGCAUGUCCAGCGCGUGUAGUUUUAGCAGUCAACAGUCAGCCGUCACCGACAUUGAAGCUGCAAAGAGGAAGAAGAAGAAAGGAUGGCUACGCAGCUCAUUCAGCAAAGCUUUCAACACAAAGAGGAAGGGUCGUACAGGGUCGCUCUCGGACAACGAGCAGGAUACGAACAGUCUACGGUCAACACUAUCAGUGCCGAACUCGCCACUGCUUCAGGUUCACAUGCAGAACGGGCACCCAUUGAUCAAGGGAAGCCAUUCUUCAGGGGCUUUAUCUGAGGGUGAAGACGCAGUGACGGUGAUGGAGCUGCGUAAACAGUUGCGUGAUAAAGAUAUGAAGUUAACGGACAUCAGGCUUGAGGCCCUGUCCUCAGCACACCAGCUAGAGCAGCUCCGGGAAACCAUGAAUAAGAUGAAGAAUGAGAUGUGUGCCUUAAAGUCUGACAAUGACAAGUUGACACGUAUAGUUCACUCUACACACUCCCUGAACUCGUCGCAGACGUCCCUACCCCACAACACGCGAACCAGCAGCGAAAGUCUGGAGAGAACCAUCAGUCUCACGGAAAACACAAGUCUCGCAGACCUGCUCAUCCAGGAAAGCCCGGACAGGUCGGAGGGGCGACGGGUACCGAUCACUGUCUACCUGGGCUCAAACCCCGACCCCAAUAGAGCCAGGGUUGAUAGAGCAGCAGAAGUGCCAAUAGGAUCCCUCGCAGUUAGCGGGAAAACUAAAUGGGACAUUCUGGAUAAUAUAGUCCGGAAAAUAUUCAAGGAGUAUGUGUUACGUAUUGACCCGGUGACAAAUCUCGGCCUGAGUGCAGAGAGUGUGUUCUCGUACCACAUCGGUGACAUUGUACGCAGUAAGGACUGCGAUGUCCCGGAGCUUCUGCCCAUUGGCUACCUUGUCGGUGACACGAUGCAGAUUGGCAUCUGUCUAAAGGGUACAAAGCAGAACAGUGUUGAUUCUCUGGCAUUUGAGACCUUGAUACCGAAGUCGAUCGUGCAGCGUUACAUCUCGUUACUGAUGGAACACCGCCGCAUCAUCCUUUGUGGACCCAGCGGCACCGGAAAAACAUACCUUGCUCAAAAACUCGCAGAACAUCUAGUGCUCAGGUCAGGAAAGGAAUUGACAGCCGGUUCAGUGGCAACGUUCAACGUGGAUCACAAGACUGCCAAGGAGCUGAGACAGUACCUGGCAAAUAUUGCCGAACAGUGCGAGAAUACAAGCAUGGGCGAGUUGCCGUCUGUGAUCAUUCUCGACAACCUGCAUCACGUGGGAUCCCUCGGUGACGUGUUUAACGGCUUCCUGUCAGUCAAGUACCAGAAAUGUCCAUACAUCAUUGGGACAAUGAACCAAGCCACUUGCUCAACUACCAACCUCCAGCUACAUCAUAACUUCAGAUGGGUGUUAUGUGCAAACCACAUGGAGCCGGUGAAGGGGUUCCUUGGUCGUUUCCUACGGCGGCGACUGGUUGAGGCAGAGGUGAUGACCAGUCUCCGUAAUAACGACCUCAACAAGAUCAUAGACUGGGUUCCCAAAGUGUGGCUACAUCUGAACAAGUUCCUGGAAACACACAGUUCCUCAGAUGUCACCAUUGGUCCGCGGUUGUUCCUGUCCGCGCCUAUGGAGAUUGGGGGCUGUAAGCUGUGGUUCACUGACCUAUGGAACUACUCCAUUGUACCCUACAUGCUGGAGGCUGUCAGGGAGGGACUACAGGUGUAUGGUAAGCGAGCCCAAUGGGAGGACCCUACAGACUGGGUGUUGGAGACGUUUCCAUGGGGCAUUGCUAAAGACGGCGAACAGUUGCUCCUCAAGGUCAGGCAGGAGGAUGUCGGGUACGACUCUAUCGGUAUGUCGUCCGAGAAUAGCAGCCCAAAGGUGCCAGGAAAACACAGGGAUGAGAUUACUAUCGACUCUUCUGAGCCGGACUCUAUGAUUAGUGAUGUGUAACCCUAGGCCUUGUUGAAAAGUUACUGACAACUAUGAUAUAGUGUUGUGUAACCUUUGAUGACCACACCUGUUGCCAUAGCGAUGAGAAAGAGUGACAAUUUGUUCCUCUGAGGACAAAAGUUAAAAUAUGGUUGGACGUUUGAUCGAGAACUCAAAAAGAACAACUAACAGCCCGUGAAUAUAUUACCUAUGGUACUUGAAAAAGAGUGACAUUUUAUGUAAGUUGCCAAGUUGGUUGUGUGCUGACAAAGUAGAUAAUGCAAGUGCAAUGUCACUUAAUGUAACUUUCAUUGUGGCAAGAUAUACAUGGAGGUGAUCAGAAGUAGUUUGCCUUUGCAGAAACAAAUUGAAGGAGAACAAUUACUUUGUGAUAAUUUCUGCAUGUUAACUAUUUAUUGACUCAAAACUUAGUAAAACAUUACCUGUUGAGACAGGCGUAGUUGCAGAGACACAAGUGUUUAAAGGUGCAUAUGUGAUAACUGUUUAUUUGUGUACGUACAUGUAGAUAGAAUUGUUACAGUUACAUAUACCUGGAAAUGUGCAAUAGAGGGUAAAUGCAAUGGAAGCAUUUAGCUUAGACAUUGUUUUAUCUCAAAUACGGUAUUUUAGUUCUAUAAAAAAAUAACCAGCUGUGCCAAUUAAAAUGUUUAUUAAAUGGAAUUUUCAUAGUUUUGUUUUGGAAAAUGAUUUGUUCUUAAUACAUAUAUAUAUAUUUUGGAAAAAUGAUCACUAAACUUUUUCAUGAUAAUUUAUUAUGAUGGCAUUUUCUUUGCUCAGUUUAACUCUUAGAUAAUAAUUCUUCAGACCUGCUCCCGUCUAUGGGAGACAUUGGUUGUCUAAAGCGCGCCACUUGGAAAACAACAUUUCUAUUAUUUUCUUUAUUCAGGUUCCUCUCCUUGCAUGUUAUGGAUUGGCAUGUAUUAUGUUUUCAUGUAGUUUGGUAGGACCAAUUAUCAUGAAUUGGCCAAGUUAUGUCAGGAAUUUGUUCAUGCUUGUUUGUGUUUUCGUCAUCUUUGUCAGCGUGCAAUUCUUCAGUUUUCAUCUCUUACAUUAUUAUGUAAACAUUGUUUAUUUAGACACAACAUUGGCAUUGGUGUUUGAUAUAAUUAUUAUUCUUCAUUUUUCAUUUAUGAGUUUGCAUUUAUGAAAAAUGAUUUCAUUUUAACAUCCGGUUUUAUGUUGUUAUUUUUUUUGUUUGCAAAAGGUUUUCAACACUUUCUACCUUCUUUUUUUGCACACAUGGAUGUUCAUGCUAUUUAUGCUUGCUUUUGAUUUAUGCUGCGAGUAUUUUACUGGUUUUGAUCUCUGUAUUAUUUAAAAUGGUGUUCAAUUUUGUUUCACAAUCAUAUGUAGUAAAGUUAUAUUAUAUGAAAAUAAUGCUGUGUUUUUUGGUGCUUACUUAGAUGCAUUUUGAAUGUUUUCUGUCCAGAUACUAAUAAGAAUACUGGGCCAUUAUUCAUAAAGCUUCAUAAGUCAUUUUCUAACUUAAGUUGAUUUCUUUACAUAAGUACCUCACUGUUAAUAUUGAGUAAUUCCUUGAUAAUGUAAAAAUGAUUUUAUUUUUAUAGACUUAAGUCAAAAUUCAUGUAAAAAACAAUUUAAUUCACUUUCUGGGCCGGUUUCAUAAAAGUCUCAAGUCAUUUCCUAACUUAAGUUCUUUACCUAAGAUAAGCAUAUCACUGGUCAUAUGAUAUAAUAUAUUAAAUAAUAUCUGAAAGACUUCAUUUUCAUUGAAUAUAAAUAUUUUUGUGUUAAAAAACACUAACACUUUUCUUUAAAUUUGACUAUGAACAGUUUAGAAGUUAAGAAAUUACUUAAUAUGAUGUUGUAUAAAUACCAGCCCUGGCCCUUUUUUUAUUGAUGAAUAGCUGAUCUUGCCAUUUAAGUUAUUCUUUAAGUUUUAUAAAUAGGGACUCAUGUUUGAUUGCCAAACGUUAUUGACAACUGGUUUAAUUUUCAGUUAUUACUAAAUAUCUUUGGAAACGGAACUUUAGUAUUUUCUAAGAUAACCUUCACAUUUGAAGGACGGAAUGUUCUCUGAUGUUAUGUUUUAAUUGGCAUUCUUUACUGUUGCUUGUCAAACUAAUUCUAUUAAUCCCCAGCCAUUUUAAUGGAUUGUCAUCCAUUUUUGGAAAUUAUAAUAUUUCUUUUUUGGAUUUCUUUGCCAUAGAAGUUCCUUCCUCUUUGUGUUUUAUUUUGUAGCUGUGCAUUUAUGAGACUUCAAACUGCAUUUACCAGUACAUGGGGGCGGGGUGAGGGGGUUCACUUCCGGGAUACAAGGAAGAAUGUAUUUCCCCUUCCCCAGGAACUGGAAAUCUUGGCCCCAGAAAGGUUUUAAAGUUUGUUAUUCAUUUUAGUCAAAAAUUCUGGUGUAGUUUACACAGCAUUGGCAUUAAAUGUUUACUGGGAAAACUUACAGGGACUUGUUCUCGUUUAAUAUGGUUAGAUUGACAUGAACAAAAUCUUCUAGUGUGAAAUAUGAACAAAAUACUGCACAAAACAUCGUCACAAGUUUAAAUAAGAGCUCUUUUCUUAACAGAUAUUGGAAAAUGCAGGCCCCAAAAUACUCAAUUUUGCCGAAAAGCACUAGUUACCACUGGUAAAUUAAAUGACUGUUGAAAUGGAAAUGUUGGAAAUUUACAAAAUUCUGUUAUAACUGAUAUCUCCAAGGUGCUGUUUGGUGUUUGUUUAUAAAAGCAGGUAAAAGGAAUCUGCUUUAGCCAAGUUCAUAUAAGUAUAGUUUCCAUUGAAUAUAAAGUCCUUGAACUUGUCCCUUUAAAGGGAUGAGAUUUAAAACAAUCUAUGUGCUGAGUAGAUGUAGGGAGUUGUCUGUGUAUGCUUACUUUAUGUUUGGCUUGCAGAUGUAGAGCUUGUGUAAGCAUAGGGUUUAUGGUAUAUUUCACUCAUUCAUUUUAUCAUUAUUAAUAUGUAUAAUCUUCAGCAGGUGUUGGUUUAUAAAUAGUUUCGGCUAAAACAAGGAUUCUUACAGGUUUCCAAUUCCAUUAUCAGGAUUCAGUUUUAAAUAUAUGUCAAUAUUUUUUGCUAAACAUGUAAAUGUCAAAUCAACCUUCAUAUCACUUUACACCAGUCCUCAACGAUUUCAAUACAAUCUAAUAAUGAUAAAAUUAUUCAUGAGUUUUCAAUUUUUAGCCUUUCGCUAUACCAUAAAUUCAUAACAUGAAUGUCACAAGCUCAAAAUUUACACAUUGUUUAUAUUUGUUUCUGUCAUUGUAAUUUGUUCCCUUCUACCGAAUCAAUGAAUAAUAAGUAUUCAGUGAUUGUCUUUUUGCAUCAAUUUGCUUAAUAUUAUAAAAAAAAUGCAAAAAAACAAAGUCACUAAGACCCAAUUUACAAAUCUUCUAAUGGAUUGUUCCCAUAAUAUGUGUUACCUUCAUCAUUUGCUGGUUUAAUAUUUAUUACCUUUUUUGUUACAUGCUCAAUUAAUACAUUUAUUGUUCUACUUGGUGUUUAUAAUACUCUUACAAUUGUUCUUUAGAGUUUUAAUUAGUGUAUAAUAAGCCAUAAGGCUUUUACUUACAUGUAAGUAAGUACAUGUAUCAUUCUCUAGACCAGACAUAAAACUGUUGUAUAUUUUUCACUAUUUGCGAGUUAAGAUGAUUAUUUAUUUUUCUGUUUAUAACUGUUUCUUGUACAUUGUGUAUAAUAUCAUUAUAUGACUCAUGUUUGAAUCCUAUUAUCACUGCAUUUCGUGUACAUCACUUUAAUGCGUGGUGAACAAUUAUAAUUUAUAAAUAAUAAUAAAACGCAAAUCUGUUCUAAA